AGAGUUCUGCAUCUGUAAGUGCUACAACUAUCUUCAUUCCCUGGUUUAUAGGUUAAAACUUCCUUAAUGCUUUGAAAUCAGUAAUUGAUUAUUGUGUUAUUUUGCUUUGUAGUGUAGCAGUGAGUGAUGUUGGAUACUUGCAGUUUCUAGAAUACCUGAGGUUUCUCACUAUAGAAGAAUGAGGUUUAUAAGAUGACUGAAUGAAUCAAUACCCUGAAUGAUUCCUAACACCACUCCUGAGGACCUCUGUAACAGGUUAUGGUGGAAUGUAGCCCAUAAAGAGUUGAGGGUGGAAUUUUAAUAUGGCCGAGGCAAAAGCCACAUCUCCAAGUCCAGGUCGCCUACCAGACCUCCUUAUUGAGGAUGACAGCUCAUCUGGAGGCUCGUAUGGGUUCAAGUCUCUGGAGCGGUCCAAGUCAGAGGCAGCUCUGCUGACAGGAAAGCGGCACGGCCAGACGAGCUCCGUCAGCUCCCAGGACAGCACGGAGAACGUCGACAUCCACUCCAUUUCUGAAUGCUCCAGGGUUUACUUUGACCUCUCGAAGGAGGAAACAUUUGAGGACCACACCGGCAAGAACUUAUUUUUUGCCCCUACAAGGUCAAACUCAGGACGUUUUUUAGAGACUAUACGACAGAAUGAGGAGCUGAGGGUGAAUGAUUUGACCUUGAAUUACCGGGAUCAUCGAUCAAUAUCAGUUGGCAGCAUGUCCAGUAUGGACAGUAUGGAUGGACGUGUGUUCAAGGGUGAGCUGGAGUCUGACUCCCGUGGCAAUGUGGAUACUUUAACCUACCAGUCUAGCUUUGACACCCUGUCUACCACACUCAAAGAUAAAAUUGCUAAACUGUCUGCAACUGCAGUAGAUUCAGAGUUGAUAGAAAUUUUCAAUGAAAUCAAUAUCUUAAUUGAACAGGCUUGGGCAAUGCCAGCCAUUGGAAGAGAUCUUGCUUACGGGUUAAGUGCAAUUAUUCAUCAAGAGAAAGCUUUAGAUUUUAUAUUGAAAACUAGUGCGACCGGGUCAAAGGCUCUAUUGAUUGCUAGUGUGAGGGUGUUAGAGCAGGUUUUAACCACAGAGAAUCGUGAAUAUGUCGCAGCCAAUGGACUUGACAUGCUGGUAUCAGUGUGUCUCAAGUACAAGGAAGAUCGUGACCUCUCACAGAUGACAACAGGCAUCUUGGAGAGCAUGUUCAAGACAUCAGAAGACACGUGCCACCGCCUCAUAGACCUGGGUGGGCUGGAGGUGAUCUUAUUCUGGUGUCGUGGCCAGGACCGCCUCACCCUCCGACACUGUGCCAUCGCCCUUGCAAACCUUGCCAUCUAUGGGGGGACAGAAAACCACGCACAGAUGAUCAGACUCAAAGUCCCUGAGUGGUUGUUUCCAUUAGCUUUCAAUAGAGAUGACAUUGUUAGAUACUAUGCCUGCUUAGCAAUAUCAGUCCUUGUUCACCUAGCGAACACCUAUGACAAAAAGAUAGAGACGGAGGUGCUAAAUUCUGGCACUCUGGAGUUGGUCCUGCCGUUCAUCAGCAGCCACACGCCAGCAGAGUUUGCCCACAUGGACCUGUGGCACCGGCAUGGGCGCUCUCGGGACUGGCUGCGGCGGUUGGUCCCCGUCCUCACCAGCAAACGAACAGAACCACAGGCCCUUGCCUCUUUCCACUUUGCCAUGGAGGCUGGCAUCAAGGUGGAGCAGGGCAGGGAAAAGGUGUUUACGGAAAUAGGAGCAGUAGAGCCCCUGAAGAAGGUUGCCAGCACAAGCCCAAACCCAACCGCCUCUCGUCUCGCAGCCAGCGCUCUACAAAUACUUGGGGAAAGCAUUCCACACAAGCUCUCUCAGAAUGUACCACUCUGGUCCAACGAGGAUGUCAUAUUUUGGCUUACACAGAUUGGGUUCAAUGACUACAUUCCACAGUUCAGCAAGUGUCUGGUGGACGGUGACCUUCUGUUGAAGAUGUCUGACCUUGAUCUGGCAGAGAGUAUCUGCAUUAACUCCUCCCUGAUCAGGAAAAGGUUUCUAAGGGAACUACAUGAGCUGAAGACACAGUCAGAGUACUCGUCAUGUGACCCCACAAAGCUUUCUGAUUGGCUGAAGGAGUUGUCAGGUGACCUGGGCCAGUACACAUAUCAGCUGCUGCAGAGCGGGGUUGACCGAACAUAUUUGCCACAGAUCUCAGAGGACCAGCUUCGUGACGACUGUGCCAUCCAUAACGGCAUCCACCGUGCCAAGAUACUCCAGAAGAUCAGGGAGCAAGUUAUGCACCCGCUGUGUUCCAAGUCGAGUGUCGAUCUCACUGAUGCCCCGGACACAUACACCAGUGACAAAACCAUUGAUGCUUUUAUCAGCUACCGCAGAACCAACGGCGCUCAGCUUGCUAGCCUGUUGAAAGUGCACCUCCAGCUGCGUGGUUUCUCCGUGUUCCUCGACAUCGAGCGACUGAAUGCCGGCAAAUUUGACGAAGGUCUGCUCACGAGCAUUGGCCACUCAAAGAACUUUAUUCUGGUGCUGACGGCAGAUGCCCUGGAGCGCUGUAUCGGAGACACCCAGCGAAAAGACUGGGUCCACAGGGAGAUAGCUGCUGCCAUGGAGAGCAAGUGUAACAUCAUCCCUGUGACAGACAACUUUAUGUGGCCAACCCCUGACUCCCUCCCGGAGGAUAUACGACAGAUCUGCUACUUCAAUGGCAUCAAGUGGAUCCACGACUACCAGGAGGCAUGUGUGGAGAAGCUAGAACGAUUCCUCACAGGCGAGAAACACCCCUCGCUCCACGGGCUGGGCUCCUCCUUCGAGGACAGCUCCCCACAUGGGCACUCCUCACCCCACGGGCGCUCAUCACCCCACGGGCACCACGACUCAACAACACGGACCAAGCGAGGCCAUAUGCAGGGGCUCGGCACCUCGUUCGAGGACUGCCUCUGAGAACUGUGAUCCAUGGACAGUGUGUGGAAUGCCAUUAUUGUCAUCAUUGUGAUAUAGAUAGAUGUACACGAUUGUAACGAACAUAAUGUUGUAGUACAUGUGAAUUCAAGUACAUUGCUUUCAAGGUACAUGUUUCUUGAGAGAAACAUUACUUUGUACAGAAUAUUGGCAAAAAGUGUUUUUGGUUAAGUGUAUUUAUCUUGUGUUGUGAUGGUACAGGCUUAGCUGAUACCAUUGUCACUUGAGAAGUUUAGGGUCCAUUUCCUUGCGCGUUUAGUUGUGUUAAAGCUUUAUGCAUGCAUAUGUGACUAUGAAUGUUAAAGAUUGAUACCCCAAAUGUUAUGUGGGUGUCAACUGUAGCAUGCACUGUUUCCGUAGUGAUUUAUUGAGAAUGUGUUCAUGUUUUGCCAAAACAGUUGAUUAAUACUGUACUUUAGCUUUCUAUGUUUAUUAGCAAGAAAAACUUGAUAUUGCUGUGGGAGCUUGGUUAGUAUCUAUAUAAUAGAACAGGGAAGAACAAUGUUAGAAUUAAUAAAAAAAAAAUUCAUAUAACAUAAUAGUAAAACAAAAUUUAAAAAAAUAAUCAUCAAGCUAUUUCAACUAUCACAUUUUAUAAUAACAAUUUGCAAAUUCAUAUGGAUAAUGUCAGAGCUUUAAAUAACUGCACAUUCAGUAUUGUGAUGUCUGAUGUUAAAAUUUUCUUACUGUUCCACCGCUUGAACGGUGGAAGUUAGAACAUGGAGCUAAUGGAAAUACAACACAACAGAUUUUUAUGCCCCUUUUUAAAAAACAAGUAGCAAAGGUUGGUAUGUAGACCAAGUUUUGUCUGCAUAAUAACUCGAGAACUUCAGUGGUAAGUUGUCCUUGAUCAGUAGAUGACAUCUAUUGUUUUUAAGGUCAGAAGUCUGAGAUAACCAUGUUGCAUAUUAAAGUUCAAAAAAUUAUAUUCACUUUCUUGAAAACUUUGUGCAGUCAUUAAUAAUUUAAUGCAUUUCUUCCUAAAAUACCUUUAUUCAAUCUUUUAUAUGUUUCUGACAAAGUGGCGCUUAGAUUGCAUAAUGUUUAAGAAAUAGCUUGUGUUUGAUAAAUGUAGUAGUUUGGAUUUGUGGAAAAUAAAUUAUCUAAGCAGCUUAAAGUUACCAAUUCUACACAAAAUGGGGGUCCUUUAAAAAGUUAUAUGUUAUACAGUAACUGAAUAACAUACUAACCACUAAAGAUACACAAAAUUGUUUUUUGUAUCGCAAUAUAUACCUCUUGUACAAUAAGGGCGUUUUUGUUGGUAUUAAACUACAUGUAGUUUCGAUUUUAUAUUGGUUUCACGAACUGUGUAUUUGUUGUGACAGUUUCAAAUAAAAUAAAGACCAGUUUAA